AUGUUCCAACCGCAGAUCUUAGCGUUAGCAAACUCUAUAAAGUUUUUCUCUGUGAACCGCGAUGACAACAUUGACGUCUGCAGGUUCAUCCAGGUGUUCCUCUCAGCAUCCACAGAGAUGGGGACUUCCCUGUGGCUGAUGCUACUGUUCCCAGGUUUGUGUGCUACGGCCUCCUCUGUAACGCGUCAAUUCCAUGUGGUGAAAGAGGAGAAGACCUGGGAAGACGCUCGGCAGCACUGCAGAGAGAAGUUCACUGACCUGGCCACCAUAGACAACAUGGCAGAGAUGGAGAAGUUACAUAAAAUAAUCCAAGAAGAAGGUGCUACAGAGGUUUGGAUUGGGUUGAACUACGGUAGCAGUCCUAAGUGGCAGUGGUCUCUGGCUGACAGGGAUUUCUAUGGGGAGAAUGAGACUGAAUUCAGGAACUGGGCUUCAAGGCAGCCCAUGGAAGUUGGUGGAGAUUGUGCCGUCAUUGGAUCCUUGGGACAGUGGUAUAACCGUGGCUGUGCAGCUACAUAUACCUUCAUCUGCUAUGAUGACAACCUGGUCCUGGUAACCAAAAAUAAGACCUGGAUGGAUGCUCUGCAGUACUGCAGAGAGCACCAUGAGGACCUGGUGUCUGUGACCUCUGAGCAGAUGCAGCGCUGGGUGGAGGGGUGGGCCAAAGGAGCCUCAUCUGCCCACGUGUGGCUGGGCCUGCGCUACGAAUGCAGCUUGGGGUUCUGGUUCUGGGUCAAUGGAUACGCAGUCUGCUACAGCAACUGGGCCCCAGAUGCAGAGUCUGAGUUUUGCUGUGAACCAAGGGGAGGAGCUGUGGAACAAGAUGGGGGCAAGUGGUUCAGCCUGGAUGAGAAUGAAAAGCUCAACUUCAUCUGCACCAAAAAAGAAUAG